AUGUUGUUUAACUUCCUUGCUCCUUCAAAGUAUGAGUUGACUUACUGGAAACACAGAAAUAAUAUACUUUCAUCUCCAGCAUUAAAAUCAAAAUGUUUAAGUAUAAGAGAUCAACUGUUUGUAACCUUGUUACGCCUGCGUCGAGGUUUUAAUUUGUCAUCCCUAGCACAUAUGUAUGGUGUGAGUGAUUCAUACAUUAACUACGAAACAGUAAUGUUUCCAGAAAGACAGGUUUCUAAGCAAUUUAUGCCCAAAGUCUUUAAAAAGUUUAAAAACAUCAGAGCUUCAAUUGACUGUACAGAGUUUUUUUGUGAAGUUCCUAGAGAUUAUGGUUGUCAAGGAAAUAUGUAUUCAUCAUAUAAACACCAUACAACAAUGAAAUGUUUAAUCGCAGUGAACCUGAAUGGUGCAGCUUGUUUCGUAUCUGAUCUAUAUGAAGGAAGUGUUGAUGAUGUCCGUAUUUUCAAAACUUGUGGUCUUAUGAACCAUGUCAACCCUGGUGAUAACUUUUUAGUGGAUAAGGGUUUUACAGUGCAAGAUGUACUCCUGUCCAAGCAAGCUACGAUUUUCAUUCCACCAUUUCUUGGCAAACGUGAUUCAUUAACGAAAGAAGAAAUAAUGCUGACCAAAAGGAUUGCAAAAGCUCGUAUGCACACUGUUUAUGUAAAUAAUAUUCUGUACUCAAAACCUACUUUAUUUGUCUUCCUUAUAUGUCCCUUUGCUAAAUACAUGCGAAAAUUAGUACGCUUCUGA